AUGGAGAUAGCAGAGGGCUUGUUGGGUAAGUUGGGUAGGCAGUGUUAUGCAGUUUUGUGCUUGGGUGUGAUACUUUUGGCUGUAACUCUGGCUAACUAUGUCGGUGCUGAGGAGCAGGAGGACCCCAUGGAGCGGACCAGGCGGCGGCUUCGUGCCAUCCAUGGCCCGCCUUUUCGUCCCAGAGGCAGUGUGCAUAAAGCUUAG